GCUUUGCCGCAAUGGCUUAUGGGUGCAGCCAGCUCGAGCGAAACGACAGGGUGUAGGUGUUCGGUUCAGAGGCGGUGCGUAAGACGUAGACGGUAUAAAGUUUAAACAGCAUUAUGCUUACAGUAGUUUAUUGUCAUUAUUUAAUGUCAACAUCGCGCUAGCGACAAUCGAUGGAAAGUAUCGUAACUGCUGCCAAUUUCUACAUCAAUUUCUUUGGACACCGAGGAUGUUAUCGCUGGCUAGCUAACGCCUAUCGUUAUUAUUAAACAGCCACAUACGAAUCAAACAACGCCUGUUCAGUCUAUUCAAUUUCAGCGGCACAAUGAGUCUGAACGAACAUUCAUUGCAAGCACUGUCUUGGAGGAAGCUUUACUUGAGUCGAGCAAAACUGAAGGCUUCCAGUCGAACGUCUGCUCUACUGUCUGGGUUCGCUAUGGUAGCAAUGGUGGAGGUUCAGUUGGACACAACCUAUCCUUACCCACCUGGUCUCCUCAUUGCCUUCAGUGCCUGCACAACUGUGUUGGUGGCCGUUCACCUUUUUGCCCUGAUGGUUAGUACCUGCAUCCUGCCUAACAUCGAGGCAGUCAGCAACGUUCACAACCUCAACUCGGUGAAGGAGUCUCCACAUGAGAGAAUGCACCACCACAUAGAGCUGGCCUGGGCCUUCUCUACAGUCAUUGGCACCCUGCUCUUCCUGGCUGAGGUUGUACUCCUCUGCUGGGUCAAAUUUCUACCCAUUAGGCCUAAGAACCACAACCCCAACAAUGGGACCAUAUCUGCAGGUGUGGCUGCUGCCAUCACAUCCACCUCCAUCAUGGUGCCUUUUGGCCUGAUAUUUAUAGUCUUUGCUGUACAUUUCUACCGUUCCCUUGUCAGCCACAAGACAGACCGGCAGUUCCAGGAGCUGGAGGAGCUAUCCAACCUGACCAGGCUGCAGAAUGAGCUGGAUGGCAGAGGGGAGUCCCUCAUGCAAUCCCCCAGCUCUCAAUUCCCCUGAAGACUGACCACUGACAAGAUAGAUAUCUCUACCAUGCCAAUACCUUUGUCAUUAGUUUGACAUUUUCUAUUAAAACACUGUACAUAAUCUGCUCAUAAUUUGUAUGAAAGUGUUGUGCUACUCACUGUUUCAAAUGGUCACAUUUCAACAUGAUUUUUAAAAGAAGGAAUCAAGUCAGUGUUACUUACAUAUAACUGUAAAACUAUGCCACUUAACGCAUGUACACAUGUAACAGAAAAAAACAACACCGUCUUAACUGGCACUUGGAGUAUUGUAUUGCAGACAGUUUUUUAAAUUCCAUUUACCUUGCAGGUAAUAGUGCAUGAGGCUAAAGAGGGCUCAUUAACAUAAUAUCUGUAUUGGGGCAAGGGGUCUUGCCUUAUUGUUAUGAGCACCACUGAAUGUCUUAUGGAGCUUUCAAGACAACUCGGAAACUCUGAACCUCCGAGUUAAAAUUUUCGAAGUGGGAAACCCGGGCCUCAUUUUUCUACAAGUUUCCAAGCCGGAAAAGUCUGAGUUCCGAGUUGUCUUGAACGCAGCAUUACUUCUGUAAGAGGUGAAUAUGUUCCGUAUUCAACCUAAUGUUCAGAUUUUUUCUUUUUACAGUUAAUAUUUGUGAUAUUAAAUGUAAUCAGCCUGCUUAAGUUAUUUUUAGUCCAAAUGUUACUGCAUAAACUCUACAAGUAGCUUACAUAGUAGUAAACUGUGGUAUUGAAAUAAACAUUUUGUACAAUGAU